AACUCCAAUGGUGCGGGGCGGCGGGCGCGGAUUGUGGAAUGGCUCAGGACACUACAGUGCCCAAACUGAACUUUGAGUAUUGGUUGGAUAAAGCUAUUGAAUGGGGUCAAGCCACUACUUUGGAAUCCCAGAAAGAUGUGUGCCUUCACUUGCCCCAGCUCCAGGAAUUUCUACAUCAGCUUUAUGAAACAAUAAAACAUUUGCAGGGUCCCACUGUAGCAAUCCAGAAGUUCCCUUUAAUUGGACAGCUCCUAGGAAGGCUCUGUUGGAAUCCUUUUGUUAUAGGAUAUGAUGAAAGCCAGAAGACUCUGAUGUGGUGCUUAUGCUGUCUGUACAGCAGUGAACCACAGAAUGCUGUGGAACUGAAGGCCAACAGCUGGAUACGGAGUUUGCUGUGCCAUCUCCUUUCUUCUUCUAAGUGGGAAAAUAAUGAAGCGGAAACCAGUACAUUCAUAUCAGCUUUGGGCUACACGUCAGCAGAUUAUUAUUGUCACUUGGUUAAAAAUAUGGUAGUUUCAUUAGUAACAGAACUCAGAGAAAACCGGUUCAAUGGACUUAACAUUCAGGAGAGCAUUUCAGCCAGUCGUGUGAAUGCUAUUUCCAUUUUCUGUGUGCCUCUCAUUACUUUGCCUGAUCUAACUCCAUUGCUGGAAACUCUCCUUCUUUACCACGGAGGGUCAUCAAAAGAAAUUCUCAGUUCAGAGUUUCUAGAGGCUGUGAAUGAGGCCUUUUUAAAGAAGAAGAUCUCCCUUCCUGAAUCAGCUGUCUUCAGUCUUUGGCUUCGUCACUUACCAAGCCUUGAAAAAGCUACCUUGCAUCUUUUAGACCAGCUGUUUUCCAUUCAGUUGAAUUCACUGGAAGAAGUGGCUCAUGUCAUAAAAGACUCAUUGCUGCCACAAGCAGCAAGCCAUCCUGCUAUUUUCAGAAUUGUAAAUGAAAUUUUCAAGAAUACACUGAUGGAAACUGAUGGAACUUCAGAAGUUGUGACAAUAAUACAGGUGUUUACACAGCUCUUCCUUCAGGCUUAUCAGAGUGACAACAAACAGCAUAAAUUUCCACUGAAGGCCUACUUCCCAUACCAUCACCAGCCUCUUGUUAGAGGUUUAGUCAGACGUCCUUUUGAACUCCCAACUACAUAUUGGUCUCAACACGUGAAACACAUUUCAGAUAUGCUCAAGGCAUUAGUAGAAGAUACAAACACUAGUUCUCUCACUGACCUCUUUGAAAUCUGGUUUUUGGUUGCUUGUUUUGGAGAAUGGCUGGAUGUUGCAGCAGAACAAUUACUGAAGGCUGCUGUGGAACCGGAUCCUGUGCUGUGGCUGCUGGCAUUUUACUACUGUCCUAAGAAUGAAAAUCAACAAAGGACUCAGACAAUGGUAGAAGUUCAAGCAGUCUACAAUCAUCUAAUGAUGCUGUUCAGCUGCACAGACCUUUCUCUCAAAGACCUGGAGACUGCUGUACACAGGGUAACAGGUAUACAGCAGUGUUGUAACCAGCAAUGCACAACACAUCUUCUGACCAACUUCUUGCUCUUUUCACCUGGUGGACAUAAGAUUGCCCAGGAAUGUAUUUACCGUAUUGCUGAGAUAACUGAUACAAGGAAAGAAGUUUAUAACCUUCUUAUCCGUACUGCUUACAGAUUUAACCAUAGUGGAGAAGAAAACCAAAGGACUGUGAAGCUGAUGAAUGAACUUCUUCAAAAACUUACAUUAAAAGUUUAGAAUUUUAACGUGAUCUAUUUAUCAAACCAACAAAUCAGGUCCUUAUCCAGGUGUCAUAUUUCCAUUAACAUCUAGCACUGCAGUUUACCGAGGGCAGAAAGAUAUCUAUAUAAGCUAUAGUUGCUAAUUUAUAUUCCCUCAUCUAUAUUGAAAAAUAAUCUGUUGUUUGG